UUCAGCGGGCUGUCCUACAGCUAUAGCCCAGUACCCAUGGCUGGUCCACCUCACCAUGAAAAUCCAUGAGCCGAUGGGGACCAACAUAGCCGCUUGCGGAGGAUCCCUCAUCAGCCGCCGACAUGUGCUCACUGCUGCCCACUGCUUGGAUUUCGAUAUCAAGAAUUACGAGGAUGUGAGCAUCUGCCUAGGCGAGUACAACACCCGGACCUUCCCGAAUGAUUGCACCGGGAGCCAGUGCGUCCAGAACGUGCUGAUGCAUCCAGACAAGGUCACCAUCCACAAGCAGUUCGAUCGUCGCGCCAUCAGCAACGACAUCGCGAUGUUACGGCUGGCCACAGCCGCUCCUAACUCUGAGUACAAAACCCGGACCUUCCUGAAUGGCUGCACCGGGAGCCAGUGCGUCCAGAACGUGCUGAUGCAUCCAGACAAGGUCACCAUCCACAAGCAGUUCGAUCGUCGCGCCAUCAGCAACGACAUCGCGAUGUUACGGCUGGCCACACCCGCUCCUAACUCUGAGUACAAUACCCGGACCUUUCUGAAUCAUUGCACCGGGAGCCAGUGCGUCCAGAACGUGCUGAUGCAUCCAGACAAGGUCACCAUCCACAAGCAGUUCGAUCGUCGCGCCAUCAGCAACGACAUCGCGAUGUUACGGCUGGCCACACCCGCUCCUAACUCUGACAAGGUCACCAUCCACAAGCAGUUCGAUCGUCGCGCCAUCAGCAACGACAUCGCGAUGUUACGGCUGGCCACACCCGCUCCUAACUCUGAGUACAAAACCCGGACCUUCCUGAAUGACUGCACCGGGAGCCAGUGCGUCCAGAACGUGCUGAUGCAUCCAGACAAGGUCACCAUCCACAAGCAGUUCGAUCGACGCGCCAUCAGCAACGACAUCGCGAUGUUACGGCUGUCCACAGCCGCUCCUAACUCUGAAUACAUCCGUCCGAUCCCCCUGCCCACUUUCAACAUCAACAACGCCAAAUACGAAGGAACUCCUCUCACCAUCGCCGGCUGGGGCCAGACUGAACACGGCCAAGCAUCAUCUAUCAAACUACACGCACAAGUCCAACUGAUCUCUCCAAACACCUGUAGAAAAUACUUCCAGGUGACUAAUAGCAUGCUGUGUGCGGCAGGGAGAAACGGCCAGGACUCAUGCUUCGGAGACUCUGGUGGCCCAAUAGUGGUCGAGCAGCAAGGGAACUUUCAGCUCGUUGGGGUUGUCAGUUUUGGGGAUAGCAAGUGCGGGGGUUCCAAGCCUUCUGUGUAUACUAAUGUGUUCUCUUAUUUGGAUUGGAUCCAGAAUACUACGAGGGACUAGGUUCGAUCGCAUGAUGGAUUCGCUUUGUUGACGAGUUAAUCAUAUCCUU